UUAACAAUGGCUGAUGAUGAUGACUGGGGCAUUACUCCUAAUUAUAAAAAUGUUAUGACUGAAAUGGAACAGCGAUUCGGCUUAAAUGCAGUUCCUGGUCGGGUUGGCUAUAUUGAUAUGAAUGAACUGCGACAGACCGUCGUUAAAGAUGAUGAGGAGGACAAGAAAAAAACACUGCCAAAAGCGUCCUACGGUUAUGGUGGAAAAUUCGGUGUUGAAAAAGAUAGAAUGGAUAAGAGUGCCGUCGGAACUGAUUAUCACGCAGAGUUGAACAAACACGCCUCGCAACAGGACUACUCCAAGGGCUUUGGUGGAAGAUAUGGGGUACAAGCCGAUAGGCAAGAUAAAGCCGCCGUCGGGUAUGAUCAUCACGAGGAUUUAUCGAACAAGUCUGCAGGGCUUCAUCCAUCUCAACAACGAGCUGAGGUGACAGGUGGACAGAAUAGGGCGAGAGAACUUCGUGAGCGAUUUGAAAAGCUGGCGUUAGAUAUGAACAAACCUGCCGAAAGGCCCUCACGACCCGAUGUGGGGAAAAUCAAGCCACCCGUAUUUGCUCAACCUAAGCCGACUGAGGAGGCAUCAGUGGAUAUUCCAACCGAAUCCCCUAAACCAGUUCCAGAAGUUGAGCCAGUCGAAUCGCCUAAAUCGCCAAAAAGUCCGGAACAGUCUGAGACACCCACUCCAACCAGUCAACCUGAGAUUGUAUUCGGUGUGGUUCCAUCACCUUCACCGGAACCUGCGAAGGCUCAAAGUGAUGAACUUUCCUUCAAAGAGGGUGAUAGGAUAGUUGACAUUGAGAAGUUUGAUGAAUUUUGGUGGUCAGGUCGAAUCGGAGAUCGUGCUGGCAUCUUCCCCGCUAACCGCGUUCAGGACACAGCUGUAGAUGCUGCUACAAGCUCUUUAGGUGCUGUCGGAUCCCAACAAGAGGUUGUCAGCAAUAUUACUGCAAUGGCUCUCUAUGACUUUGCUGCAGCUCAACCCGACGAGCUGUUUUUCAAGGCUGGAGAUAUGAUUGUUGACAUUGUCAAAUUUGACAAGGAAUGGUGGACGGGUCGUAUCGCUCACGGAGACGAGUUGUCCUUCAAAGUCGGCGAGGAGAUCGUUGAUAUUGAUAAGUUUGACGAAAUGUGGUGGCUGGGUCGAAUCGGUAACCGUCGCGGUAUCUUUCCCGCUAAUUUUGUGAAGGAGUCAAAAGUUGUCAUUGUGAAACCGACAGCACCUAAUAUGGCGAGAGCUAACUGUGGGAUUACUGCUACGGCGAUCCAUGAUUUUUCAGGAUCCCAACUCCACGAAUUGUCUUUCAAGGCUGGGGAUGAAAUCUCAGACAUCGACAAAUUUGAUGACCAAUGGUGGUGUGGUCGAAUCGGUGAUCGACUUGGAAUCUUCCCUACUAAUCAUGUCUUUGAGAAUUAA